GGCCAGACGACGCUUUUCCGCCUCCUAUGCCCAUGAUAAAAUUUUACCGCCAGGUUAGAUCGGAAGGAAGGUGUUCAGGUGUUUCUGUCGGGACGACUGGACACGCGGAUGCUUCGGGGAGUUCGGACGAAUUACGGGAGCGCUCGUUUUGGUGGAGGGAAUGCCAUCCAGACGAACUCAUAGCGCCAGGAAGCGCACGGCGCAACGAAGAUUGUGCGGACCAAGUAGUGAGGCUUGACGAUGACGACCGUGACCCC